CGAACCUCUUCUCUGGGGGCCCCUUCCCCUCGGCGGAGUCUCAUCCCGCACGACGGCGGGACGGUGCCGUUUGGUGGUGAAUGUUCCCCUCCGAGAGCGCAUGGCCGAGGGCGCGAGACCAGGGCCGGGCCCCCGAAGGGCCGCCGUCCGGGAGGCGGUGAUGCUGCUGCUCUGCCUGGGGGUCCCGACAGGGCGCCCCUACAACGUGGACACCGAGAGCGCGCUGCUCUUCCAGGGCCCCCCCAACACCCUCUUCUAUCCCGGGGCCAUUUACAAAUGCCAGAUCGGGCAGAACCCAAACCGGACUUGUCAACAGCUCCAGCUGGGUAGCCCUGGUGGAGACCGUUGUGGAAAGACUUGUUUGGAAGAAAGAGAUAAUCAAUGGUUGGGGGUCACACUUUCCAGACAGCCAGGAGAAAAUGGAUCCAUCGUGACUUGUGGGCAUAGAUGGAAAAAUAUAUUUUACAUGAAGACUGAAAAUAAGCUUCCCACAGGUGUUUGCUAUAAAAUGCCCCCUGAUUUCCGAACAGCAAUGAGUACAAGAAUAGCUCCAUGUUAUCAAGAUUAUGUGAAAACUUUUGGAGAGCAUUUUGCAUCAUGUCAAGUUGGAAUAUCUAGUUUUCACACGAAGGAUUUAAUUGUGAUGGGAGCUCCAGGAUCAUUUUUUUGGACUGGCUCUAUUUUUGUCUACAGUAUAACUUCAAAUAAAUUUGUGGCUUUUUCAGACAGUGACAAUCAAGUAAAAUUUGGAAGUUACUUAGGGUACUCAGUUGGAGCUGGUCACUUUUGGAGUCGGGAUACCACCGAAGUCAUUGGAGGAGCCCCUCAGCAUGAACAGAUUGGUAAAGCAUACAUAUUCAGAAUUGAUGAAAGAGAACUAACGAUCUUACAUGAAAUGAAAGGUAAAAAGCUUGGCUCUUAUUUUGGAGCUUCUAUCUGUGCCGUGGACCUCAAUGCAGACGGCUUCUCGGACGUGCUGGUAGGAGCUCCCAUGCAGAGCAGCAUCAGGGAGGAAGGCAGAGUGUUCGUGUACAUCAACUCCGGCUCAGGAGCAGUAAUGAAUGAAAUGGAAACAGCGCUCGUUGGAAGUGACAAAUAUGCUGCAAGAUUUGGGGAAUCUAUAGUUAAUCUUGGUGACAUCGAUAAUGAUGGCUUUGAAGAUGUUGCUAUUGGAGCCCCACAGGAAGAUGACUUGCGAGGCGCCAUUUAUAUUUACAAUGGUGGAGCAGAUGGGAUCUCAUCGGCCUUCUCACAGAGAAUUGAAGGGCUUCAAAUCAGCAAAUCCUUAAGUAUGUUUGGACAGUCCAUAUCUGGGCAAAUUGAUGCAGAUAAUAAUGGAUAUAUGGAUAUAGCAGUUGGUGCUUUUCGGUCCAAUUCUGCUGUGUUGCUAAGGACAAGACCUGUAGUGAUUGUCGAAGCUUCUUUAGACCAUCCUGAGUCAGUAAAUAGAACAAAUUUUGACUGUAUUGAAAAUGGAUUGCCUUCUGUGUGCAUGGAUCUAACACUCUGUUUCUCAUACAAGGGCAAAGAGGUACCAGGUUAUAUUGUUUUGUUUUAUAACAUGAGUUUGGAUGUGAGCAGAAAGGCAGAGUCUCCAUCGAGGUUUUACUUCUCUUCUAAUGGGACCACCGAUGUGAUUACAGGAAGAAUAAAAGUAGCACGCACAGUUGCUAACUGUAGAACACAUCAAGCAUUUAUGCGGAAAGAUGUGCGAGACAUCCUCAAUCCAAUUCAGAUUGUAGCUGCUUACCAUCUUGGGCAUGAUAUCACCAGUAAACGAAGUAUAAAGGAAUUCCCACCACUCCAGCCAAUUCUUCAGCAGAAGAAAGAAAAAGACAUAAUUGAAAAAACAAUAAACUUUGCAAGGUUUUGUGCCCAUGAAAAUUGUUCUGCUGAUUUACAAGUGUCUGGGAAAAUUGGAUUUUUGAAGCCAUACGAAAAUAAAACCCAUCUCACUGUUGGAAGUAUGAAGACAUUAAUGUUGAAUGUGUCCUUGUUUAAUGCUGGAGAUGAUGCAUAUGAAACAACUCUGCAUAUCAAACUACCCACUGGUCUUUACCUCGUUAAGAUUUUAGAUCUGGAAGAGAAGCAAAUAAACUGUGACGUAACGGACAGCUCUGGCAUAGUAAAAAUUGACUGUAAUGUUGGUUAUAUAUUUGUAGAUCAUCUCUCAAGGGUAGACGUGAGCUUCCUGCUGGAUGCAAGCUCCCUGAGCAGAGCAGAAGAGGAUCUCAACAUCACAGUGCACGCCGCCUGCAAAAACGAAGGGGAGAUGGACCAUCUGAAGCAUAACAAAGUGACUUUGGUGGUACCUCUGAGGUAUGAAGUCAUGCUCACUGUGCACGGGUUUAUAAAUCCAACUUCAUUUGUGUAUGGAUCAAAGGAGGACCAUGAGCCCGAAACGUGCAUCACAGAGAAAAUGAACCUCACUUUCCACGUUAUCAACACAGGCCCUAGCAUGGCUCCAAAUGUUAGUGUGGAAAUAAUGGUCCCAAAUUCUUUUAUCCCCCAAACUAAUAAGUUGUUCAACAUUUUGGAUGUCCAGACUAGUUCAGGAGAAUGCCAUUUUAAAAAUUAUCAAAGAAUGUGCACAUCAGAAAAGAAAAAAGAUGCAAUGGAGGCCCUAAGAGACAUAUAUAAAUUCUUUUCGAGGACUGAUAAGAGGCUAUUGUACUGCACAAAACCUGAUCUACAUUGUUUGAAUUUCUCAUGCAAUUUUGGAAAAAUGGAAAAUGGGAAAGAAGCCAGUGUUCACAUUCAGCUGGAAGGCCGGCCAUCCGUCUUAGAAAUGGAUGAGACUUCAGCACUCAAGUUUGAAAUAAGAGCAACAGCUUUUCCAGAGCCACAUCCAAAAAUUAUUGAACUAAACAAGGAUGGCAAUGUUGCACAUGUUUGGCUCGAAGGACUACAUCAUCAAAGACCCACACGUCAUCUGACCAUAGCAAUUAUUUCAAGUAGCUUGAUACUUGGACUGAUUUUACUUUUGUUGAUUUCAUAUGUUAUGUGGAAGGCUGGCUUCUUUAAAAGACAGUACAAAUCCAUCCUACAAGAAGAAAACAGAAGAGACAGUUGGAAUUACAUUAACAGUAAAAGCAAUGAUGAGGAUGAUGAUUAAAGAUUUCUUUUAAAUUGAGAAAACUAAGACUCAG